AUGGACGAGGUAGUAGUAGAUCCAGCCAUGACUAUCAAAGCUAUUGGACAUCAAUGGUAUCGGAGUGCGCCUCUUCACGAGGGUGAUUUAAGUGCAACGAAAUGCCUUAAAGUUGAAUAUGGUUCGCGAAGCAUCUGGCUUACCGAAAUAGUGUUCUUUCUAAGAGUAGGCGUGGAGAGCUUUUUGCGGGGAAACUUGCAAGUACAGUUUGGAGGGAGGCGGGCGUCGACCCAACCUUAUGAGUAUUCGGACUAUAACAGUUCCGAUGAACAGUCACUCACUUUUGACAGUUAUACGAUUCCAGAAGAUGAUCCAGAAUUGGGGCAAUCACGUUUAUUAGAAGUGGACAAUAGAGUGGUUGUACCAGCCAAAACUCAUCUACGUAUUAUUGUAACAUCUGCUGAUGUACCUCAUAGUUGGGCUGUACCUUCCUCAGGUGUAAAAUGUGAUGCUGUACCUGGGCGUUUAAAUCAGAUCUCUAUUUCGGUACAACGAGAAGGAGUUUACUAUGGUCAGUGCAGUGAGAUUUGUGGAACUAAUCAUGCCUUUACGCGUGCGCCCGGAAAGAUAGGCCGACUGCUGAGCCCACUCUGGCUCAGCCGCACCACCCAGGGUGCGAGCCACCCGAGAAGCAAGCUAUUACAGCGAGCGGCUGGAGCAGUAUGGAGCCGAGGAGCAAGGCAGUAGAUAAGAUAGAAGAAGGGGCCAGGCUCCCGGUGGAGCAGAGGAUACGGUUAGGAUAACGAACUUGAAACGCGGAGCCCGAGCGGCCGGCGAGCGAGUGGUUAGUGGCCAAUAGCGCCCUAGUUGAUGGCAUUCCUCUCUGCGGCUGGCACUCGAGGAACCACGGGGCACUCCAUACAGAGCAAACAAGUCUUAGGGAUGAGACGCCCGCGCAAGGGCCUCAAUUCUCAUUAGGAGGUCGAACCAAGGACCUAUGGAAGUCGGGGCUACCCCGUCCCUAUGGGCAACGCAACAGUGUCCUGAGGGAGGAGUUUAGAGGCCUUAUAGUAGCACGGACUUUUUUGCUUUCUAGGUCAUGCGAAGGGGGCCAGUCCAAGAUCGUACUGUUCCUCUACAAAGACAACAGACGCUCUCAACGGCUAGGCGCCACUCUCUUUCUGAGUUCUUCCAGCUUCUUCAUGAUUUCGUGCCGCGGUGAACAAAAAAAAGAGGGCCAUCUCAGCGGAAAGAGAAGGACCUGCAACGGCAGAGACUACUGACCCUCUUCUUGUUCCUAGCCGUCUGUUACGAGUCCGGGAAGCCUCCUCAAUAUGAGGCUCAAAAUAGAGAAGGGCGGGCAGGGCUUUUUUUUAAGCUUGCUGCUCGUUUUCUCGCUUCCGAGAGGCGAAGGGGCCUGACUUACGGUUUCCAAGCCUGGCGCGAAGGGAUUUGAUUUCACCUAUGAUCAGAUCAGUGGUAAACCAUAGUUUACUUUUUUCGUGGUGUUGUUGACGUUGUUGAAAGCGCAUUUUGAAGUAGGCCUCGCUUUUCAGAGCUGCUCCCAGCUCACACUAUGGUGGAGGAGGUGCCGUGAAGAUCUAGGAGUGUGAGCAGUACGAGCUGAAAGGCUCCCAUACUGUUUGGAGGGCAGGGGGCAUAGAUGCCAAACAAACCUGACCCCUCUCUAUCGUCGUAGAAGCUGUUUCUAGGAAAGAUUAUGGUUCUCGGGUAUCCAAUCAAUUAAUCCCACAAACCGGGGAAGCUUAAGCGGAAAUGGAAGAGUAGGGUGAGGGAAAAGGGGGGAAGCAACUAAAUGGAAGGCUUCGCCCGCUCGCUCGAACGCUCGUUUAGUAGACAGCGAGUGGAGUGCAUAAGCCCCUUUAGAAAUAGGGGCGAGUACUACACGCGCUCGUAAGUAAAGUACGGAACGGGCCCUGUCUACGAAGCGGAGCGACCUCGUCUUGCUUGCUUCUGGCGAAGCUUCUAGCACUAGAGAAUAGGCAUUCUAGUAUGGCAGGAAUACUACCUUUUCUUUUAGGUCGACCACUACAUAGAAGCGAUAGCGAAGCCGUAUAAAGGCGAGCAGCCCUUAUAGCAACAGCAAACGGCCUACUUAUAGCCUUUUU